GAAUAUAAACAAGAAAGGAGAAGAGAAGGGAAAAAGAGGGGAAGAAGAUGUUGCAGCUACACUCAAUUACCACCAAUAAGCCAUGCCCAGUCCCAAACCACUGUUAUAUCACUCCAAAGUCCAUUCCUUUAAGGCCUCUUCGUCCUUCUAUACACACACCAACCUUUUCCCUCAAACUUCCACCAUUCUCUGUCAAAUGCCGUCACACUGAGCUCUUCGAACCCAAACCAUUCCCCUCACCACCACAACGCCCUCCAGUUGGAGCUUUGCCGCCUAAGGUUUUUGUGGGUCACUCCGUUUACAAAGGGAAGGCUGUACUCACGUUGACUCCUAGGCCUCCGGAAUUUGCAUCAUUGGAUUCUGGGGCAUUCAAAAUAUCCAAGGAAGGUUAUGUGCUGCUUCAGUUUGCUCCUGCAGUUGGUAUGCGCCAGUAUGAUUGGAACAGAAAGCAGGUAUUCUCACUAUCAGUGAGUGAAAUGGGAACUAUAAUUAGCCUUGGUGCAAGACAGUCCUGUGAAUUUUUUCAUGAUCCUUCCAUGGGAAAAAGUGAUGAAGGUAAAGUCAGAAAAGUUUUGAAGGUGGAGCCACUUCCGGAUGGUUCUGGUCACUUCUUUAACCUAAGUGUUCAAAACAAGCUUGAGAACACCAACGAAAGCAUCAUUAUUCCUGUUACAAGAGCGGAGUUUGCAGUUUUCAGCUCGAUUUUCAAUUUUAUUAUGCCAUACCUUCUAGGUUGGCAUGCCUUUGCAAAUUCCAUAAUACCACAGGAUUCCAGCCGAGUGAAUAAUGCCAACCCUAGAUCCGGAGGAGACUAUGAAUGGAACAGAUAGGGAUCACUUCUGCCAUAUGUCCGAAACUCUAUAGGAGGUUACAUAGCACAGGGCUUCUCAACUUUGAAACGUGUUAAAUCACUUCAUUCUGUUAGAAAUUUUGAGAUAUAAGUAUCAUUAUUAGAACACUCAUUUUUAAUUUAAUUGUGUCCUAAAUAUGUGUCUAACCAAACUUUAGGAUAUAAAAUGAUGGGGAAGGAUCCGUUUACAAAUUUUUUUGAAUUUUUUUUACAAAUUACAUUAUGUUCUCCCGGGAGAACA